UACUCUUUGGGAUAAAAAUAUUGUUGGGAUAUAGCAUACAUGUGAUGAAAUUUCUCAGUAUGUCAACAUAAAAUUUUGACAUUUAAGCUGUUGUCAACGAAGCAAACAUCAAGUUAUUGCAACAACUGUAGAUCUACUGUAAUAAUUACCUAUUCGAUUGUAAUAAAUUGGAUGGUUGAUGAGUAGGCCUAUCGAUAACUGAACAGCAGAAUAAAACUGUUAAAAAAAGAUAAAAAAUAUGGGAGAUGAGGUGAAACAAAUGAACGAACUGUCAACAGAAGAUGAGGACUUUGUUGAUCCGUGGAAUGUUGAGAGCAAAUCAGCCACUGGCAUAGACUAUGAUAAAUUGAUAAAACGUUUUGGUAGUCAAAAAGUGGAUGAUGAGCUGAUCAAAAGAAUUGAGAAAGUGACGGGUAAACCUGUCCAUCACCUUAUACGCAGGGGAAUCUUCUUUUCUCAGAGAGAUAUGCAUCAGAUUUUGAACCUGUAUGAACAGAAGAAACCAUUUUAUUUAUACACAGGCCGGGGACCAUCUUCAGAAGCAAUGCAUCUUGGGCACUUGAUCCCAUUUAUAUUCACAAAAUGGUUACAGGAAACAUUUGAUGUCCCUCUUGUCAUUCAAAUGACAGAUGAUGAGAAAUUUCUAUGGAAGGAUCUGGCCCUCGAGGAAACUAAUAGACUAGCACAUGAGAAUGUUAAAGACAUCAUCGCUCUAGGGUUUGAUGUAAACAAAACAUUCAUAUUCAGUGACCUGGAAUAUAUAGGAUCAUGUCCAGAUUUUUACAAGAAUAUGUUACGUGUGCAAAAGUUAGUGACAUUUAACCAAGUGAAGGGAAUAUUUGGAUUUGGUGAUAGUGACUGUAUAGGCAAGAUCAGUUUUCCAGCUAUACAGGCGGCUCCUAGCUUUAGUUCAUCAUUUCCUCUCAUAUUUAAUGGCAAAAAAGACGUCCCAUGCUUGAUUCCUUGUGCAAUAGAUCAGGAUCCGUAUUUCAGGAUGACAAGAGAUGUAGCUCCUAGAAUGGGUUGUUUAAAACCAGCACUUAUUCAUUCCACGUUUUUCCCAGCACUGCAAGGGGCACAGAGUAAAAUGAGUGCCAGUGAUCCAAACUCUUCUAUUUUCCUGACAGACACAGAUAAACAGAUUAAGAAUAAAGUCAACAAGUAUGCCUUUUCUGGUGGGGGUGCCACUGUAGAAGAGCACAAAGAAAAGGGAGGUAAUUGUGAUGUUGAUGUUUCCUACCAGUAUCUCACUUUCUUCAUGGAGGACGAUGACAGAUUAGCCCAAAUAAAGAAGGAAUAUACAAGUGGCGAACUUCUCACAGGAUAUUUGAAGAAGGAAUUGAUCGAAAUUCUGCAAAAGAUUGUCGGAGAGCAUCGGAAGAGGAGGGCAGAGGUCACGGACGAAGUUAUGAGACAGUUCAUGACUCCACGCAAACUUAAUUAUCAAUAUUAAUAAACACUAAGAACUAUUUAUAAGUAGCACAGGACUUGUGUAAGAUUUGAUGAAGAAUAACUGUAGCAGAUGGGCGGUCCAAAAAUCUGUUGUGACUUUAAAUUAAAAGAAUGGUGUAAAACAUGCUUGUUAUUGAAUGGUGAUAAUUUCAAUAAUACUUUGUGCAUGUUAGUAAUAUAGUAAUGUUUUCUUCUAUAAUCAGAAGUGUGUUCUUAUCAUUGUUUUGAUUGGAAGGAUAAAUUAGCUAUCAUUAAGAAGAUCAGUUCAUGUAUUUUCUAUCAUUAUUGUAUAAUACCUUCAUGGUAGUAAUGUUGCUUGAAUGAAAUUUUUACAUACUGAUUAAUCAUAUUAAUUUCAGCAGAAUAAAUUUUUCUUUUACCUUUCCACUGUCAUUUCAAAGAAAAAGUUCAGCUGUUAUGAUGGCUGUGUAACUGUUGUCAUCGGCAUGCAAAGUUUUAAUGUAGCCAAUUAUUCAAUGAUUUUAAAAGGUAUCAAUAUGAAACUUUAAAUUCUUACUGAUCAUAAAGUGCAGUUCUUAGACAAGGGGCAUAAUUUUGAAACCAAGAUUUUUGGAGUUAUGCCCCUUUAUAUAUAUAUAAUUUUUUUUUUGCCCUUAACAGACAAGUGUUAACACGGCAGGUGGUGCUCUUGUUUAUUUUUGAAGUUUAAAGGGUCAGGAUUUAAAUUUGAUAACUGUGCUUUGAUUAAAUUAAUACUUUUUCAUUUACAAAGAUAAUGAUUUCAUAUUAGGUUUGAAACAAAAUGUCAUGGUGAUUGUUUUUUUUAUUAGAUUCACAACUUAUAAUUGUUUUGAGGUUGUUUUUUUUUAGAGGGGUAAUGGGUUAAAAUUUCUUUUGCAUGUUUUGUUUUAACUGCACUUUUUUUUUAAAUAAAAGAUAACAUAAAAUCAUUUUCAAACCAGGUUUUCUGAAAGAAAACACUGAAUUAUUGGUGGAUGUCUGCAGGUGAACAUAAAUGAUUUCUGAAGUGCUUUGUUCCUACAUUUUUCAUGGAAUUUUAACCAAACUAUCACAGAUCUAUUGUCACAAAGUGCAGGCACAUUGUUAGGGGCUUGUAAUUAGAUCAUUUUUGACAAGAGUGAUGGCCCUUUGUUUUGUUGUACAUGCAAAAUUAGGUAUAAGAGUAUUUUGAUUAAAAUUAUUAAUUGAAUGUAAAGAUAUUUUUAAUGUUUUAAACCAGUAUAAUAUAUAGAGAAAUACUCGUCUUUUUGCAACUCGUGCAUUUCUUAAGGAAUUUAAACCAAAUUUUGUCAUUAAGUAGUGAAUGGCCCUCCUUUGCUCAAGGCCUCUGACCAAUCUGGUGGGAUGUCAACCUAUAAUUUGACAGAAAACCUGGUUUUAUUACAUUUUCUGGUGCAUUUUUUUUACAAAUCUGAUUAUUUCUGUGAUUAAAUUGCACUAUACAUAAAAUAAAUCAUAUAAAAUGUA